AUGGCCGACACUGCCAUCCAACUACCAUACCUAUCCUCCCACUAUGCGCUUCCCGAAUCGACACUCACGACCUUGCAGCAGGCCCCAACUGUGGAGCUUGUCAAUCAACUGUUAGAAUCAAUCAAUAAGAAGGCCCACGAAUCCGACGAGCUCAAGUCCGACAAGCUUCGCUUAGAAGUAGAGCUUGAGAAUGCCGUGCGCAGCAAUGAGUCGAAGGUCAAGGUUCUGAAAGCCACCGUUGAGAAGGGACACGCGGAGGUCGAAGAUCUGAGGAAAAAGCUGCACGAAGCUGAAACUACCCGUUCCUCACUCGAGACAGAGAUCUCUACACUGAAAUCCUCGUCCACAUCCAACGAAUCUGAAACAACGUCUUUGAAAGCGCGUAUCUCAUCUUUAGAGGCAUCUAACAGGGACACAUUGGGCUUGCUCGAAUCGAAAUCUGCGGCCUACGACAAAUUGGCAGAGGAGCUCUCUCUCCAGCACAAGAAAACCAUCGAAUUACGACGUGAACUCUCCACUGCGGAGCAAAGUCUCCAGAAUGCCAAUGCGGCAUCUGCAAGCGCCCGCUUCCGCGAACAGAGCCUUCAACAAGAACUGGAUCUCACCAAAAAGAACAAUGAAUGGUUCGAGACUGAACUCAAGACCAAGUCUGCUGAAUACAUCAAGUUCCGUAAAGAAAAGGGUGCCCGGAUCUCAGAGCUUCAGCGCGACAACGAAGAAGCGAACUCAACAAUUGACUCUCUUCGGCGAAGUGAGAACUCGCUCAAGAGUCGCUUGGACGAAACAGAGCAGCGAUACGAAACAUCUCUGGCUACUAUUCAUCAGUUAAAAGAGGAAGCUAUCCAGGCAACUGAAUCCUUCCGCAUUGAACUUGACAGCUCCAACCGACUGGCUGAACUGCAAGGCUCUGCUGCCCAGACGGCCAAGGAACGUGUCCAAGAAUGCCAACUCGCCCUCGAAAAGACCAAGGAUGACGCAGCACAGGAAAUCUCACGCCUUCGCGUUGAGCUUGAGACAGAGUCUAACGACAAAGGAGCUGCGGAGCGCCGAAUUGGCGAACUCGAGGCGCUUGUUGCCCAGCUUGAGUCUGAGCCUGCCAGAGGAAGAUCUGCAAGCCCGGCCCUCUCUCUCAAUGGAGGUGCACCCAGUACACCUUUACGAUCCAGCAUCAUCCGUGCUAGCACUCCUACGGGCUCUUUCUCCCCCCGCGCAUCCCGUGGUAAGGGUGGUAUGAAUGUUACUCAAAUGUACGCUGAGUACGACAGAAUGCGAACUGCUCUUGCAGCGGAGCAGAGAACCUGCCAAGAACUACGCAAUACCGUUGACGAGAUGGUUCAAGAACUUGAUUCAACCAGACCCGAGAUUGAGGAGGGACGGGCAGAACAAACCCGUCUCGACCAUGCUGUUGUGGAAAUGUCGACUCUCCUCGAAUCAGCCGGGAAAGAACGGGAUGCCGCCCUUAAGGAAGCCAGGAAAUGGCAAGGUCAAGUUGAGGGAUUAGCCCGCGAGGGCGAUAUUCUACGCCAGCAACUUCGCGAUCUGAGUGCGGAAGUCAAGGUUCUCGUCCUGGAGGUUGCUGUCGCAAAACAUGGCGAAGACUACGACCGCGAGGAACUCGAGAGAAUCGCUCGGGGUGAAGUUGAAGAGUCAGCGAAGGAUCUGAAUGAAACUGGCCGCUUUAUCAGCAAGCACCUCACAACUUUCAAGGAUCUCCAUGAACUCCAGGAACAGAAUCAUACUCUCCGACGUAUGUUAAGGGAACUUGGUGACAAACAGGAAGGCGAAGAGGCGCAAGCCAAGGAAACUGCGCGACGAGCAGACAUCGAAGAGUUGAAAGAAUUGCGGAUCCGGGCACAGACAAACCGUGAUGAGAUUGCGAACCUCAGCGCCCAGAUGCAGAGCUACGUCAAGGAGCGCGACACAUUCCGCAGUAUGCUCAUGCACAGAAAACCUACCGUUGACGACCAGUCUGUCUUCUCACAAUCCAUGCCUCUGGGUGCUGCUCCUCAAGGAGGUAUGGAAACAUCAGGACCUGACUACGCUGAGUUGCUCCGAAAGGUCCAAGCCCAUUUUGACACUUUCCGCGAAGAAACGACGACAGACCACAAAGCCCUGCGCCAGCAGGUCAAUGAGCUGUCGCGUAAAAACAGUGAGCUUAUGUCUGAUAUCAGUCGGUCAAGUAGCCAGCUUGCUGCCGCUACCCAGCGUGCGGAGCUUUUGCAGAGCAACUUCAAUAUGCUCAAGAAUGAGAAUACUGAGAUCCAAAAGCGCUAUUCUGCUCUCUUUGAAAAUGCCAACCGACAGGAUCUCCGCACUCAGCAAGCUGCCGAAGACCUCGUAGAGGCUAAGGGUCUUGCUGAGAGCCUUCAGAGAGAAAACGCCAAUCUGAAGGCUGAGAAGGAUCUUUGGAAGAACAUUGAGAAAAGGCUCAUUGAUGAUACCGAGAAUUUGCGGAAUGAGCGCAGUCGUCUGGACUCAUUGAACGCAAACCUUCAAACCAUUCUCAACGAGCGUGAACACACCGACUCCGAGAGCCGACGCCGUCUCCAAGCCAGCGUCGAGGCUCUUGAAACCGAAUUGCAGUCGACGAAGCGUAAGCUCAAUGAGGAAGUGGAGGAAUCCAAGAAGGCUAGUAUGCGCCGGGAGUAUGAGCAGGAGACAUCACAAAAACGAAUCGAUGAUUUGGUCACAAGCUUGGGCGCAGUCCGCGAGGAGCUAGUUGCCGCUAAGACCACUCGGGAUCACUUGCAGUCCCGCGUGGAUGAGCUUGCAGUUGAGCUUAAGAGCGCCGAAGAGCGUCUGCAGGUGUUGAACUCGAGACCAAGCGUGUCCGCUGGUACCACCGAGGGACCUACUGAGGGAGAGGAGUCUGCUGAUGGAACUGGUCUCUCUCGCGAGCAGGAGCUUUCAAUUGAAGUUUCCGAAUUGAAACGAGACCUCGAAUUGGCAAAGGGUGAAUUAGAACAUGCCAAGCAAUUGGCUGAAGACUACCAGGCCAUCAGCCAAGCGAGUGAGGAACGCCUGGAGUCCGCCACCGAGACACAGGAGCAAUACCGCGAAGAGACUGAUCGCCUUGUGGAGGAGAAGAACACCAAGAUUCAGGACCUCGAAACUCGCAUUGAAGAGAUCUCGGCUGAACUGUCUGCCUCAAACACCGAGAUGACCAAUCUCCGCGAAGAGCAAGCGGAGGCAAUGCGCCGUCUGGAAGAGCAGAAGGCAAACUUCGAGUCGGAAAUUACCCGUCUCAAGGCUGACAAUGAACGCCAUGUUACCGCUGCCCAGUACCACCAGGAGGAUCUGAAUGCGCAGGCUGAAAUCGCCAAGCAUGCCCAACAGAACUACGAGACCGAGCUUGUUAAGCAUGCUGAGGCAGCGAAAAAUCUGCAGGUUGUUCGUGCAGAGAGCAAUCAACUCAAGCUCGACAUCGCUCAAUUGCGAACCGAAUCCGAAGGCUACAAAACGGAUCUGUCUCAAAAGGAGGAAAGCUGGGCGGAGCAACGAGCCGCCUACGAGGGUGAGCUCUCUGAACUGCAGAAGCGCCGGGAGGAGGUCCUUCACCAGAACUCCGUCCUUCACACCCAGCUCGAGAAUAUCACUAGCCAGAUCUCGUCCUUGCAGCGUGACCGAAUGAAUGUCUCGGACGACGAGCAAGAGGGAGAGCAGGCGGCACCCAACCUUGAGGGUCUGCAGGAAGUCAUCAAGUUCUUGCGCCGCGAGAAGGAGAUCGUCGAGGUCCAAUACCACCUUUCGACCCAGGAAAGCAAGCGACUCAACCAGCAACUCGACUACACUCAGUCUCAACUCGAUGAGACCCGUCUCAAGCUUGAGCAGCAGCGUCGUGCUGCGGCCGACAGCGACCACAACGCGUUGAACCACAGCAAGCUGUUGGACACUAUCAAUGAGCUCAACGUUUUCCGCGAAAGCAACGCUACUCUCAGAAACCAACUGAAACAGACAGAGGCCGUGCGCGAUCAAAAGAUCGCCCGCGAGAAUGAGCUGGUCCAGGAGAUCGAACCCCUCAAGACCAGAAUCCACGAGUUGGAGAGUCAGAGCGAAGCCAAGGAUGGAGAAAUGCAGCUUCUACAGGCGGAUCGCGACCGAUACCAACAACGUAUCCAGAAUAUUCUGCAAAAGUACGAUCGUGUGGAUCCUACUGAGAUGCAGGAGCUGAAGGAGAAGCUCACCACCCUCGAGAAAGAAAAAGCCGAGGCAGUAUCCGAGCGCGAAGCUCUCCAGACCCAGAUGGAGGCACUUCAGGCUCAAAUCGCGCAGUUCCCAGAGCAGCUCAAGCAGCAUUCCGAUGAACGUGCGCAGGAAUUGCGAUCUAAGCUCACAGAGCAAUUCAAGGCCCGCUCUAAGGACCUUAGCGCUCGUGUCAAGGCCAAGCAAGAUGAGCUCAAUGUGGCGUUGCAGGAGAAGGAGGUCAUCCAAGCCGAGCUUCAGACCACAAAGAGCGAAUUGGAGGCAUUGAAGACCAAGUUGGCAGAAGCGCCAGCCAAUGUGGCUCCUGCUCCUGCUCCAGUACCAGCUGCAGCCGCGGCCGCAGGCGAAGAAGCCCCCGUCAACGCUACUCCAGCUUCACAAUUCCCAACUGCGACCGUGACUGUCCCUGGUCCUGGCGACGCUCAGAAGAUUCAAGCCCUUGAGCAGAAGAUCCAGCGGCUCGAGGCAGCCCUUGCCGAGAAAGAUAAUCUUCUGGCAACACAGGCCAGCGAACAUGAUGCUAAGAUCAAGGAACGCGCCGAACGCCUUAAAGAGAUGUACAACUCCAAGCUUAACGAGGUCAGAGUUGCUCAUCGUCAAGAACUUGAAAAGAUUUCCGCCAGUGAACAAUCCGUUCCUGGAACACCUGGUGCGGCCCCGGAUGCAGCCCCUGCAACGCCUUCAAAGACGCUCGAGCUUGCCGGAUUUACCAUUCCCGAGUUGACAGAUGCCCAAGCAAGAGAGCUGGUUGCGAAGCAUGAGACUAUUCGCACCAUUGUUCGAAAUAAUAUUCGCAGUCAAGUGGCGCGCGAGCAGCAAAGGUUGCAACAAGAAGCGCAAACUUCCUCCGGUGCCAAUGAAACCGCAUUGGCUGAGCUAAAACAAAAGUCGACCGAGGAAAGGGAGGCCUUGCUCAAGGCCCAUGAGAAUGAAAUCAAGGAGAAGGUCACCUCCGCGGUUGAACUUGUCGAAAAGAAGACAGCUGCUCGCCUCAGCAUGCUCGACACCAGAUUCCGCACUGCGAAUGCCAAGAUUGAUGUGGUAUCUAAAGCUGCGACGGAAACCCCGCAAAAGCCCGUCGUUGAAGUAUGGGAAAUCGCAAAGACGGCCCGGCCUGCACCAGUCGCGGUUCCGGCUGCUAAGCCCCCGGUACCAGCGGCUCCAGUCCAACCCGCUGGUCCCGCUCCUACUAUAGCAGCGCCACAAGCCCCAGUUACAGCCCCAUCAGCGCCCGUCUCUGCUCCUGCCACUGUCCCUGCCGUCGCAGCCCCGAGUGCACCAACGGAGCAAGCCACUCUUGCCACAGCGCCUUCCCAGCCUGCUGCCCCCCAGCAAGGCGAGGCACAGCCUACAGCACCAGCCAAUCCAUUCGGGCAAGUUCAGCAACCCGAUCAAAAUCAGCAGGCCUCUUCUCUCCCCAGCAAACCUCCCGCUGGAAACCCACCUGGUCUGAUGCGAGCUCUUCAAUCUGGGCUUCCUAUUGCACGAGGUGGACGUGGUGGGCGUGGCGGUGGCCCGCAAUUUGGCCAUCAACAACAUGACCAGCAGCAGCAGCAGCAGCAGGGUCAAGGUCACGGCCAGAGCCAAAACCAGCGCGGCUCAGGACUUCAGCGAGGUCGCGGUGGUCGUGGUGGACAGGGUCGCGGUGGUAACCAAAAUCAAAGCAACGUUGCCCAAACCCAGAACCCCGCUGCCACUCGUGGGAACCUGAAUGCUUCGGCCCGCCAGUUCAUUCCCGGGGGUAACAAGCGCUCUCGUGAAGAUGGUCCCGACACAACCACCGAGGGUGGAAGCGGUGGAAAGAGGCAGAGAGGCGGCGGUGGCCCGCAGCCUCGUGGCGGAGCUUAA